AUGGCGCACCCCACACACACUCGGCCGUCCAUGGCCGACUUGGUAGGACAUGACCAGGACCGCAGCCCUAUGCACAACGCGGCCACAGAUGUCCGCCGCAGCCAUCAACGGUCCACCUCGCCAGACACGGUAUCAGGCAGCACACACCACUCCCAAGGCCGUGGCGGGGAUCAGUCGGCUACCGAGGGUGUCGCCGACGAUGAAGACGAUGAAGAAGACGACAGUAGCACUGCCAAAGAUCUAGACUUGGACGAUGAGACCGACGACGACGUCCCUGCCCGUCCCUUUCGCUUCACCAGGGGAGGCAAGGGCAAGGGCAAGCAGCCGGCUAUCCGUGUCGAGCCUGUCCAAGACGACGAAUCCAACGGCGAUGACGAGGAGACGGCGUCGCGCGCAACGGAGCCCCCUCUCAUUCCCAGCAAGCACCCCGUGAACCAACUACUGAUGAGCAAUAAGAAGCGCACCUUUAGUAAUCUGUCGAGCACAUCGGUGCUGUUUGGCGACGACUCGACGGACCAGGAGUCGUUUCCCAGGCGCAAAAUGGCCCGCAAGCUGAGUAAUGCGACCAGCGUGCCCCUGCUAGCAUACAUGGAGAAUGAAGAGUCGCAGUCAAACUAUGACAACGCCAUUGAGAGCGACGACGAGGACUACAGUGGCGUCAACCUGGUCCCUGACGACGAUGAGUCGGACUUGGAGAUGAUGGAGAAGCAAGAAGAGAGUUACAUUCUGCAAGAUGAGCAACAAGCUACUACCCUUCUCAAUGAGUAUCGUGAUGCUCGCAGGCUCAGCCUGGACAGCUGCUUGAGCGACAACAUUUUCGAUGUCACUGCUCCCUUGGAUGAUGCUUUCAUGGCGGGCCUUCCAGAUUUUGGCUUCACCCCCUUCUUUGAGCUUGAGGCUGUCCCUGCGUCGCCCGUCCCCAUGGCCAAGAGAAAGUUCUCGGACGGCUCUGCCAAGCGUGUGCGCUUCGAUGACGAUGUCCAAAUGUCUGAUAGUUCGAGCUCAGAGUCUUCGGAGCUCGACAGCAGUGUCUUUCCUGAUCUGUUCAUGGACCAGGACAAGAUCCCCCCCAGCCUGCACCAGCUGCUGGAGAUGGACAAUGAUGACGACAACGGAGACAUGGCGUCGCCGCAGUCGGACAUUUCGUUUUGGGACUUUGAGCAAAACGAGUCUCGCAUCACCCAAGUCGAUCACUCGGACGACGAGGGCGACGGGUCCUCGAGCGAGUCCAGUGGCUAUGAGUCCGACUUGGGUGACACUACUGACGAAGAAGACUUUGGAAACGAUAUCCUGCCACGAACUCCCACACAAAAGCAGUCUGUCUUGCACAGGCCGUCUUCGGCGCCCGGCUCGCGCGCCGGCACGCCCAAGCCCUUUCAGCGGAGCGCUCGACCGGUUGGGCGCCAGAUCCCACCCACCCGAGGCAUCUUCAUUCACGACGAAACCGACCAGGCCAUUGCUGUCACCAAUCGGGCUACCAAGGCCGUUAGCUUCUAUCGUCCCCGCACAGUGCUGAUUCCAUGGAUUCCUCUGACCGACUACCAGAGCAGCACGAGCAGCACCGUCAAUAACAGUCCUAGGAACUCGAUUGCUCAGAUGAACGCGUCCGACAGCGAGGUCAGCAACGAAGUCUUCAACAACGGCCUCAGCACAGACAUUAUGCUCUCUGGUAUCUUUGGGUCGGGCCCGAAUGACUACAUGUUUGGAAACGAAAGCGUCGGUCCUCCCGAGGCUUUCUAUCCCUUCGUAAGCAUAUCCUCCAACGGAAACAUGGGCAUCGUUGACGAAGACGAGGAUGGUUCUUCGAGCGACGACUACGAGGAUGACAUCAACAUUACCGACUUUAUGGACUUUGGCUCUGAUGCUGAUGAUACGGAUAUUGACGAUGACGAUGUCGAGGACACGGAUGUGCCAGCAACUCCAGCAACUUCCACUGUGGCACAUGUUGGCUCGACGCCAGCUGCUCCCCAAACCGACACUCCACAGACGCGCAAGAGAACUACAUCAGAUGUCAUGCUGGAGCACUUUGAUCGCGGCGUCGUCACCGCCUUCCGCACAAACCAGAGUCGCUACCGCGAUGUUGCGUCUCUGCCCUCGGAUCCGGCAGCCCGAGCCUCUGUCUCCCGCCCGGUUCGCUCUGGAAAGUCGGCCGAGGCCCUGAUCACACCACUGCGCAAGCGUUCGCGCUCAAACCGGGUAGCCAAGUCGCCCUUGAAGAACCACACCUCUAUGAACCAGAGUUCGCCCCUGUCGGGCGUCUCAAAGGCUACAGGCCGACUACAUGGCUCCGUCAUGGGGUCACCGCGUGGACCACCUCGAAUGGGGCGAUUCUCAUAA